AGCAAGCCUGUAGGUUAUGAUUGUUUAUAUUUUUUUCGCACGCUUCAUAAAAUUGUUAGAUAAAUAUUUCCAUUAAAAAAAUGAAUAUUUAAAUAUUUCCAUGGAGGUCAAUGUGAACAUUGAUCGACGACGCCCGUGGAGGUGUGACAGAAGCCAAUGGACCUGUAUAGGACGCCAGUAUAUGGCCGGCUUAAUAAGUAAUAUCGGCGUAUUUUGUCUAGGUGCCAGCAUCGGCUGGGUAUUCUUUGACGACCAAAUAAGCUUUAUAUCUUCAAUGAAGUUGCGGCAAUGGACUAACGCUAUGAUGCCCCUGGGAGCGGCAUGCUUCUGCAUGCCAAUGGGCAUGGUGAUGGAGAAACUUGGCAGCAAGGCUCUGAUGUUGUUUCAGGUGCUGCCCUACACCUGCGGUUGGCUUCUGCUGAUUUUCGCCAAAAACAUUUACAUGGUGUUUGUGGGGCGUUAUGUGUGGGGUAUUUGUGGAGCCGCUCUGUGCGUGGCCGUGCCCGUCUACAAUGUGGAAAUCAGUCAGCUGAAGGUGCGUGGAGCUAUGGGCAGUAUGUUCUAUGGCGCCAUCAUCUACGGCAUUAUGUUUGCCAACGUAUUGGAAAGUUUUUUGAGUACAUAUUUGGUAAACAUUAUCCUGAUGUUGAUGGCGGUUUUGAAUUGCACGCUUCAGUUCAUACCACAGUCGCCAACCUUUUACAUCUUACAUGACAAGAUAAACCAAGCGGAAGCCUCCAUAGCCUGGCUACAUGGUGAUCAAGAUAUUGACAUUUAUAUUGAGGAGAUCAAGGAACAAGUGUUCCUAGGCGAAGAGGGUCGUCAUGACCAGUGGUGCAGCCACAAAUAUGCAUGGCGAAGCGUGCCUCGAUCAAGUAUAAUGUUGGUGCUGUAUCAGCUAUCUGGCGGCGUUGUUAUCAGUGGAUUGCUGAGGGACAUUCUCAUACCAAUGUCUGAGACAGCUUACAAUACGUAUGAAUGGGUUAUUUGGCUAGCUAUGAUAAUUGGCUAUCUAAUCUGCUUCGUGUUGGUCGAUCGCGUAGGCCGACGCUUGCUUCUAGCGCUCUCUGCGAUCAUCAUGUGUCUGUCUGCGCUGUAUAUAUGUAUUUGGUUUAAGUGGUUGAGGCACACCAAAUGGAAUAGUCAACCGUUGACGGCCUUAUGCAUUUUCAUUGCAGCAUUCUCAGUUGGAUUUGGGCCCUUGGCCUGGCUACUAUAUGUGGAGCUAAUCAUAGAGCCUUUGCGUCCUCUAGGUUGCGCUGUGGGGGCUACAGUUGGCUGGUUGACCGCGUCAACGAUGACCAUUAUUUUCGCAUAUCACCUAGACCUGUACUCAGUCUUUUAUAUUAUGCUCAUUGUCUGUUUUGUUAGUUUGCUAUUCAUCGUUAUCUUUUUACCGGAGACGAAGGGCCUAACAUCACUGGAAAUCCAGAAUAAAUUGGGUGGUAAAUCCAAUGAGAUGCACUCUACCGAUUCAUCGUUCUAAUUAAUGAUUUUAGGCUUUUGGAUUGAGUUCAAUAUAAUUACAUCCUUUUUAUAUUUUAUUAGCUAACAAAUUAACUCUAUGUGGCCUUGUGGACUAGUUUUUGAAGAGGAAUAAGUUUACCGAGAAAUCUAACAGAAAUGCAACUGCAAUUGUCUGGGCACGGCAAUAUUUCAGCACGCCUUAAGUCCUUCAGCUAACAUCAAGACUCAUGUGUGCUUGUAUGUGUUUGAGCACAUAUGUAUUCGUAUCCGUAUCCGUAUCUGUUUGCGUCUGUCUGUCUGCGUGAACUUCUGGCAAGUGCAAAUAUUUAUGCGUAUUUGAUAGCACUAAUGGGCCAUUAAAUGCGUACGCAAAUACACACAAGCAUUAUACGUGGGUGUGCGAGUGUGUGUAUGUGUGUUUGAGUUUGUCUAAACGAGCUCGUAUGGGUGGCAAGGAUGAAAAUGUACCUAAGCGAAUCUAAAUGGCAUCAGGGGCACCGAACAUGCAAAAUCAUGUACUCGUAAAUCUCUUUAAUGCCAACGGCCUCCGGCCAGAGCCGAAACACCAAUGGGGCCACGGGAAUUGUGGGAGCCCGUUCCUGGGUCCGUCGAUGAGCCGCCCACACGCAUUCACAUGGUAGCUGCUUGUUUACUCCCUGGCAAAAGAAAGGCUCCGGCUCGAGGUUGGGUUGCCUGCGUAAUGAAACUGAAUAUGUGGAUGCUGCAGGCGGGGUUGUGGCGGCGGCUGUAUACGAGUGUGUCUGUAUAUCCCUGAGUAUCAAAAUAAUGGCAGUGGCUGCGUUCGCUGCUGACUGCCUGUUGGUCGCCCUCCUGACUGGCCGCGUUUCAGCUUGGAGCAGGAGCUCUGGCAGAAAAAGGAUCUGGAACAGGAACAGAUACGGCGGUAGGGGUUGUCAGCCAUAUAAAUUGCACAAACUCAUUCCGGACUUAGGCAAAACGUGAAAAUAUUGUUACGACCUCUUGUGCUGCUGUUCUCUCACUCUCUCGCACUCUCUAACCUUCCUUUUUCUUCUUCUCUACGCAACCCAAGUGCCAGUCAAGUUUAGUGCAGUUUCGGCAGAUUCCGCCCAUCGAAAUAAAUUUGAUUUUAGUCGCAAAAUUACGAUAUUCGUGCACUUAAUUGAGAAAAGUGAAGUAAAGAUUUUUAAUGAUGUUGUAUGCUGGCAAACAAGAUGGGAACGAAGUUGCUACUUAAGG